AUGAAACAGAAUGAAAAAGCAAUUGGGAGAAGUUUAAAAGAAGUUCCUACAAUUAAUAAAAUACCAUAUCCAAUUUAUGAUAUGCUUGAAAAAUUAUCAAGUAAAUGGGAAUAUAUUUUAACAGAAGGAAUCUUUAGAGUACCUGGAAAUAUGACAGAUAUUAUUGCAAUAAAAAAACAAUAUGAAAAUGGAGAAAGUGUAAAUUUAAAUAAUGUUCAAAUUUCUACUGUUGCAAGUCUUCUUAAAAAUUAUUUAAAAGAAAUUCCUGGUUUUUUAGUGAAUAAUGAAAAUAAAGACUUAUUUAAUGCUACGAUUUCAAUGUUUCAAAUGGAUGAUUCAUUAAAAGAAUUGGUCAUUAAAAAUAUGAAAGAUGCUUUAUCAUUUUUACCAUUUUUAAAUUAUAUUACUUUAAAACAUAUCAUUUUUCAUCUUCAUUUAAUUGCACAAUAUUCUCAAUUUAAUUUAAUGGACUCUAAUAAUUUAGCUACUGUAUUUGCUCCUGUCUUAUUUUCUUUAAGUAUUGAAGAAUUAAUGAAUAAUAAAAAUUAUGCUAUUAUUACAAUUAAAUUUUUAAUAGACAAUUAUAACGAUAUUUUCACUAUAAAUAAUAAAUUUAUAGACGGAAGUUAUCUUGAACCAUAUAACUAUCAAAUCCCAUUUGGGAAAUGUCCAAAAGAGUUAUUACAAUUAUCAGAUAAUAAUCCUCAAUCAAUUCAUUAA